AGCAUCUAAAACAUGACUUUUAUUUUGAAAUGGAGAAUACCUGAAGCUGAUUGGUCCAUUCCGCUAUGACGUGUACACGGGAAAUGGCCACGCAAGCGAGAGGAAUCAUAACAUUGCAUUAGAAGUCUCUUUACUCAUGCUCUUAUCGUUGAAUUCCAGCUAUUUACUUUAACUUUUCCCAUGGCGACUGUUUCUAACUGCCCUUGACAAGCGGACGUCGCAGAAAAAGUUAAAUAUUUUUGCGUGUGUUGAUAUGAAAACAUGUUGCUGGUCGCUGUGAAAGCUAAUCGACAGCAGCAGCAACUAGCUAGCAAAUGGCUGUUCGGCUGUGAUGUCUCUUACCGUGCAAAAUGACAAUAAGACGAGCAAAGCAGUGAGACAGUAAGCUAACAGCAUGUGACACACGUACAAGCUUUCUGCUCACCUCCCCUAAAAAAGUUGGUUGCAAAGAUGCCUCGUCUGGAAGAGUUGGCCAACGUUGCCCUCAGGGUGCCGAGCAUCCUGGUGCUGGACCUGCUGUACAAAUGUGACAUCGAAGGUUUAACGGAGCACCUCAAGGCCAAAAAUGAAGACAUGCUGUUCAAAUACAAAUAUGUGAUCUGGAACAUGUACUACAUUGGUCAUCUGAUAAAUGUUGUGGUGUUGGUUUUGCCAUUGAGACACAUUGUGACACUCUACCUCCAUAUCCUCGCUGCACUUCUCCUGUACAUGGGGCAUCAGAUUUCCAAGGAUUAUGUCCGUGAGGAGCUGCAGUACGGUUAUGAAGGAGCAGUGUACCUUGAUUCUCUGUCCUUCAACAGAUUUGUCUCUGCAAUGACAAGUCAGAUUAUUCUCAGCACGCUGUGUGCCUUCCUGAUGAAGACCAGAAAGGUGUGGUUGUUCUCUGUUCACAUGCUCCCCCUGCUGGCCAGAAUCUGCUCCGCUCAUCACGCCACGCUGCUAACUGUCAACACGUUCUCCAUGGGACUGACGGGAGCAGGAAUAACCGUGUUUCUCCUCUCACAUCUCUUUGUGCCAUAUCGCCUCGCAAAGGCUGCCUAUUCAGAGCUGCUGCAGCUGGAGGUGAUCGAGCUGUACAGACUUCUGGCUGUGGGAAUCUCUCUGUGGAACCAGUUUGCCGUCCCAGUGCUCUUCAGUGUCUUCUGGUUUGUUCUGUUCAUCGUGCAGCUGUGCUCAGACACCAUGUCUGCCGGCGCCUCGGCAGGCCAUCAGGGAAUCAUGUUCUUCCUGCUCACAAGUGUCUCUGAAUGUUGUGCCACACCGUACUCUCUUCUGGGUCUGACCUUCGUGGUGUCCUAUCUCGCUCUUGGACUGCUCAACCUAUGCAAGUUCUAUCUGGGAGGUUAUGUGGCUGUUCAGAAUGAGAACGUCAUGCACAGAGGUGUGACGGAGGGCGUCACUCUGCUCCUGCUCGCUCUUCAGACGGGUCUGUUAGAUAUGCAGACUCUGCAGCGCACCUUCCUCCUCAGUAUCAUCCUCUUCAUCGUGGUCACUUCAACCCUGCAGUCAAUGAUCGAGAUAACAGAUCCAGUUAUUUUGGCCCUGGGUGCAUCGCGCAACAGGAGUGUGUGGAAACACUUCCGUGGCCUCAGCAUGUGUCUGCUUCUGCUGGUUUUCCCCGUGUUUAUGGCUUAUAAAAUCUCCCAGUUCUUCCACAUGGACUUCUGGCUCCUCAUACUGGUGUCCAGCUGCAUGCUGACUUCCCUUCAGGUUACAGGUACGAUGCUGAUCUACUCCCUCUUCAUGGUGGAGCUGUUCCGCAGCGACCCGAUCGAGAGUCUGGAUGAGGUGAUCUACUGGGUGAACGCUGUCAGCAGGGUGCUGGAGUUUGUGGUGGCGCUCUGCGUGGUGGCGUACGGCACAUGGGAGUCGCUGUUUGGCGAGUGGAGCUGGAUGGGCGCCUCCGUCAUUAUCAUUCACUCUUACUUCAACGUCUGGCUCAGGGCUCAGUCCGGCUGGAGGAGCUUCCUACUCAGACAGGAAGCGGCAAAGAAGAUCAACUCCCUCCCCAGAGCCACGGCUCAACAGCUGCAGCUGCACAACGACGUCUGUUCCAUCUGCUUCCAGGAAAUGAAUUCUGCUGUGAUCACAGACUGUGGACAUUUCUUCCAUGGCAACUGCCUCCGCAAGUGGCUCUAUGUGCAGGAGACCUGCCCUAUGUGCCACCAAACGGUCCGACCCACCGCGACAGGUCCGAGCCAGGCUUCAGGCGAUGAUCCAGCAGCUCCAACACAGAGAGACGCAGGUCCAGAUCCGGCUGCACAACAAGAGCAAGAUCUAAACCAGAACAGCGGUACGUCCCAAGAGACACAGAGCGAAGCUUUAACCUCCGAUCCCAGCGAGAACCAGGAGGAGACUAAAAGCUUUGAGGGUGAUGAUUGUGGGAGAGAAGAUAGAGAAGCCAAACCUCACGGGGAAGCUGUCCAAGGUCUUCGUUUUAGCUCCAGUGGAGACUUUGUUGGAUUUGUGAGUCCAGCAUCAAGCUGCUCUUCAGGGGGCAAUUCUAGUUCUCAAUCAAGUCAAUCUUCUCCUUCAAACAUGCAUAACGAAGGCGUGGAGCAUGGCAAGGACUCACCACUGCCAUCUACUCUUAAUAUAAACACGGUGGAGCACCAAUCUGACUCUAAUGGAGCAGAACUUGAAGACAGCAGUACUUUUUGUCUAACAGUGCCACAAAACGGCGAUGAAAAUAAACAUGACUGCUGGGAAGGGACGUCAUGGAACAGCCAUGAUUCACCAGAAACAAACAAAAAUCUUAUAGCAUCUGGUACGAGCCUUGCUGAGAGCAAAGCGUCUGUCAAAUCAUGUCAUAAAAACUCUGAACUCUUAGACUGCAGUGACGAUCCUCACAGUCAUCAAGGUAACGGCACGUAUUCAGACUUUGACGGGCUCAGAGAGGCUGAAACUGUCCCACAGGUCCCCCCGCUGUCCUCCUUCUCUUGCACAAGCAUAGACAACAGUGACUGACUGCUCUGCAUCAGUGCCUUGAAGGGUAAAAAAGGGUGAUUCAUCCUCCAUAACGGGGAAUUAAACACAAUUGCCUUCUCUCUGUGAACCAAUCAAAACUGUCUUUUACCAGACAGACAGUGUAAUGAAUGUGCUUCAGUUUAGCAAAUAAUGUGCGUCUGGAUUUAAUAUAGAGACUAAAUUGUGUUGGGUUAAAAUGAAACCCUUUAUUGUACAACUGUAAAAAAAAUUGUAAAGAAAUCUAUAUAUAAAUCAUAGAAAUUAUGUGUAACUAUAAAGACCUUGCGUCAAUAUUCACCAAAUUCUAGCAGGUUACAAGUAAAGAAGUUUACUUAGAGAAAUUAAAUUGCAUUUGAUUCAUUCUCUUUUUUUUCAGUGUCGUUCUUGUUUUUGUGAAAGCAGUGUGGAAAAGGAAAGCUUCAUCAUCUGUGUUUGUUAUUCAUAAAUCAGCAGUACAUAAUGCCUUUUGUACUGCUCAGUCUCCCAGUAUUCAAUUACUGCUGUGAACAUGUACCUUUUUUUUUAAAAACUGUAGUUUCUGACAUUGUGUGCCAGAUUUAUGAAGUCUAAACAGAAUAUCACUUCUGUGGCCGUAAGCUUAAAGAGUCCAGAUUAAUUUUUGUCUGAUAUGUUGAUUCAGCGUUAAUAAAGUAUUCUACAUCA